GUGCCUGGCUCCUGCUGAGCCGAUGACUGAGGGUCAACAAUCACGGCACCAACAGAAUCCUGAAGACCUUUGGCGAAUGUGAGCAACAGCAUUCCUAAGCCAAGCCCGACCGAGACGUCCCGUUGGAGAUGUUCUUAGACGACCCUGGAAUUUGCAGUCGACUUGCGUCGUCCAAAGCACACUUGACUCACCGUUCGUCGACACCAUCACCCAUCAACGGCCGUUAGAAGUCACCACCAUCCAGCUCCUGUCAAACCCGGUAUUCUACUAUUUUGCUCGUGGUGCUGCGGCGAAAUCCGGCAUAGAACUAGUCCUCGUGCUGCUGUAGAUUCAACCUGCGAUAAAGUAUGACGAUCGCUUCUAUUAAUCCUGCCGCCUUGCAAGACACUAGUUCGUCGCUCUAACCCGAGGAUCGACGGCAUGGCCAACGCCAACGGUCUCCGACAGCCUUCCAUAGGCCCUUCCGUUCCCCCAUCGCCUUUAUCGCCCCGCUUCCGCCGCGAUUCGGCAGCAUCGCUGUCCGUUUCGUCACAUGUCGACAAGGAUCAGCUCGCUCUUGCGCUCGACAAGAUUCACACAUCGGCCAGCCAGUCGGACGCGCUUACCACGUUCAACGACUUCACCGCUCCCCCGGGCUCGUUGCCAACGUCCGAGAGUAAGACAACAGCGGGCGAUAUCGUUCAGCAGGGUCUAAGUGGCUUGUAUACGCGCUUCAAGGAAGCCGUCGGCGCUGUCGGAAAGGGUCCUGCUCAAGAUGCAGAUGGCGCCGACGGCCAAGAUACCGCGCCCAGAAAGAGUUCCACCGCGGCUGCCAGCGCCUCCAAAGUGUCCUCCCCUCUUCCAAGGGGAGAAAGCGGUGCCACGGCUUCGACCCUCGAUUCAGCCCUGUCCUCGGACGUCCCGGCGUCGAGACUCUCAUCGUCUGGUGCCGCGGCGGUUGAGUCCCAAUUGCAUGGCUUGCAGUCGUCCAAGGCGUCCUCGGUCACGACACUAUCUGCCCCAAAAACUGCAUCCUCCAGCGUCCAGAACCUGCCGAAGAUUGCCAAAACAACAGCGCCAACCACGGCAGAUGCCGCUAUUGCGCCGGUAACCGCACAGGGCCGUAUGGAUAUGGAUGCUGCACGUGGAGUGGCGGUUCGUGUCGAGGAUCGCCCCGGGCGCAGCACAGGCCGCAGAAGCAUAAGCAAACCCACCGACGCAACAUCAAGCCCCAGUCUCUCCGGCAAUGUAAGCUUAGACGGCCUGGCCACAGCUGACCGUCUUGUUCUUCAGAGUCGAAGUAGGAGGGAGGACGCGCCCAGCGUGGACGGGAGCAGCGACACACCUCGAAGCCCGGUCCAGGCCUCAGCGGAAGCGCGUGCUUCGUCCUCUUCUUCGUCACGGCUCAACCCCACCGAAACCAUGCGAAAACCGGCGGUGAUUGAUCGAAUCACGUUCUCCAAGGGCGGUGGUCGUUCGAGAUCCUCGUCGAUGGAGCCCGGCACUGCUGAAGCGAGUCCCAUCAGCACCUCAGCCCACAGCUCUGUGCACCAUGACUCUUUUGCGCACACCGAACAGCCACAGAAGUUACAGUCUGGCAUUCCGAGGAUCCCCGGGACGACUGGUAACGAAGGAGCUCCCGGGAUAGUAAGCGCGAGGCUGGAGCGGAUGCGGCAGCAGGUGAUGAGCAAGAAAUUCUGGAUGGCGGAUGAAACUUGCAAGGAGUGUUUCCUCUGCGGCACGCCUUUCAAUGCUUUUCGACGCAAACAUCAUUGCCGGACAUGCGGCUGCAUUUUUGAUUCAAAGUGCACCUCCAACAUUUCCGGCCAAAAAUUUGGCGUUCAGGGGUCCUUGCGCGUGUGCAAGACCUGUCUGAGCGUCAUCAACCGUCGCUACGACAGCGGUUCAGACGACUCUGCCGAUGAAUCAUACCUCCCUGCAAUCUUCCGUGCUAGUCAACCUAAACACGUGGCCAUCGCCGCUAAGCCGCGAGCCGACGACGAGAGAAGUGUGUCGGAGCGGACGGAGCAGGCAGAUGACAACAGGACCGCGAUUACCCCGAUGAUGGCGAUCCCGGCGACUCGAAGGGUUGGAGACAGCAACCGGAAUUCAGCUGUGUUGGAGAUCGAAAUGCCGCAGCUCAGCAGGCCGGCCUCGUCGCGGUCGCUCAAGUCGCUCGGUACAAGUCGCCCGCAAUCUUCGGGCCACCAUCGACAUCAUUCCAAGCACAACCUUCUGACAAGGCUCAAGGCUCCUGCCGAUGGUAGAGCCCCAUUCCGUAUGCCAGCCGGGGAUGAUUUGGGAAGGAAGUCCAACGCCAAUGCCUUCCAUGCCGACAACAUCAUUGACCCGGAGCUAGCAGCUUACAUGUCUGAUGAAUCGAGCGCCGACGAGCAAAUGGGCAGCAUCGCCGGCACUAUCAACGGCGACAGCAUCCUAGCAAACCCCGAGUCAGAUAGGUCAAGCUUCGGCACAUACUUGAGCGCUGGCAGGAAGCAUCGAUUCCGUCAGGGCGACAAGAGCCUCAGCGGACUCAGCUAUGCAAGCCGCGGCCACGAGGAAGUCGGCGGGUUGCAGAAUUUGCCCAUGCACGCGCGGCCACCGAGGCGUAGGAACCUCAGCAUUGCGAGCAUUAGCGGGCAUCAUUUGCGUUCGCCGCGGCCCAAGUCUGCCGUCCUCAAAGGCCCAUCUGCCUCGGCUGACACGCUCUCCAUAUUCGACAGCACCAUUGAUGCCCCCGGAUUGAGGCGGAGUGACUCAAUACGCGAAGGGAAGUCGGCCGAGCCGGGCUUGAAUCCCGCGAGCAUGCAACAUGUGAAGAAACUUUUCUAUCAGUUGCUAGAGGACGCUGGUGUUCCCAAUCCAGCGAGCUGGGAAAAGGCUCUGAUCCCCAUACUGGAUAGAUGUGCCGAUGACGUCGACCCCGACAUUCGCAACGGCGAUGACAUGGACAUCCGACACUGGGUCAAGCUUAAGAAAAUUCCAGGCGGAAAGCCGGGUGAUAGCGUCUAUGUGCACGGGGUUGUCUUCACCAAAAACCUCGCUCUAAAGAACAUGCCACGCAAGAUCCGCAAUCCCAGGAUCGUCAUUAUCACUUUUCCUCUCGAAUAUCAGCGCCAUCCAGAGCAGCACUUUAUGAGCUUGCAGCCGGUCAUCGAGCAGGAAAAGGAGUACCUGAGGAUGGUCGUUAACCGGAUUCUUAGCCUGGAGCCCCAUGUCUUGUUGGUCGAAAAAAGCGUCGCCGGGGUGGCUCUGCAGUACCUCUCGGAAGCAAAUGUUGCCGUCGUGUACAAUGUCAAACCGUCCGUCAUUGAAGCCGUCUCGCGGAUCGCAGACAUGCCCGUCAUCUCUUCGAUGGACAUGCUCAGCCUAGGGGCUCGGGUCGGCAUGAGCGAGAGCUUCGAGGUCAAGACAUUUGUGAAUAACGAGAUCAGGGGCAAAAAGAAGACAUACAUUUUCAUAUCUGGUUGCCCGAAAGACCGCGGCUGCACAAUUGUUCUUCGUGGCGCCUCGACCAAAAUUCUUUCCCGCGUGAAGCGAAUCACCGAGUUCAUGGUCUAUGUUGUCUACAACCUGAAACUAGAAUCUUGUCUGCUACGCGACGAGUUCGUUCAGAUUCCUUCAGAAAUCGAUCGCGCAUUGCCGUCGACGCCGUCUCCAAGACAACACUCAGUCAAUGGUCUUCAGCUGUCACCUAGCGGUGUUCAGGACCCAGCAAGCAGCCGUCCUACGAUUUUCGUAACACGCCAAAGCACAGAGACCGGCCUACUUCCGCAAACCAGCUGUAGUGAGACCCUUGACUCGGAGCAGCCUGCCGCUCCAGAGAUUCCCGAACCCAGUGCGGAGCCGUUGGCUGCGUCGUCCAAUGAGCCUGUUGCUGAUGAGCCUUCUAAGACUGCUGCCGAGCCCAGUGUUGGGCCAUCUGUUGAGCCUCCUACUGAGCAGAUGGCCGAGCCGGUGCAGAGACUGAUAUCGCUCCAUGAGUCUCAUUCUCACGUCCAUGUGCCUGAGGACAUACCUAUGCCAACUUUCUACAGCGACAUGGUUGCAAAGUACGAGACUAGAAUUUUAUCUGCCUCGCCGUUUGUCAAGUUUACGCAGCCAUAUCUCCUCAUGAAGGCUCGAGAGCAGGAAAGGCGUCUGGUGUACCUGCGGCGUCUUCGCGAUCAGGCGAUUGUGGAAGACCCCGAUGAGAGUGAGAAACUCAAGUCGCAGCGUUUUCAGUUGAUCAGACCGGAGAUGGUGCACGCGAUUGGGCAAAAAGCUCCGCGGCAGAUCAUGGAGGUUCUCCAUGCUGUCCACGAUGCCGAGUACGAUAAGGCUUUACACAACUAUCAGACGCAGUCGAGGCAGUGGGAAAACUACAUCCAGGGCAGCCUUGACCUCUUUGACCCCUACUCCCACCAGAACAUUGUUGUCUUGUAUUCAGUCACUUGCACCGCUACAAAGAUUCCAUGCUCUGAGCCGACUCUGGUUGCCAUCGAAUUCUACAACGAACAUCCCGACCUUAGCGGAAACAUGGAUCCGGACUGCACUUUGGGUCAAUACAUAGAGGACAUUUGCGAGAGUGCCGAGUUGGUAUGCCACUCGAACGGCUGUGACCGCAAGAUGCACGAGCAUCACCGCACCUAUGUCCAUGACAACGCCCGCCUCACCAUCAUACUGGAGACGUCGCCGGCGUGGCCUGAGACUUUCCCAGAGAAACCCCAAGAGAACAACGGAGACAAGGAUGCUACCGGCAUUUGUAUGUGGAAUUACUGCAAGCUUUGCAAGAAGCAUUUCGGACUUAUGCCCAUGUCGGUGAGCACCUGGAAGUACUCCUUCGGCAAGUACCUCGAAUUGUCCUUCUGGAGCCAAGGUCUCCGACUCAACCCUCAAUCGGAGUGCCCGCACGAUCACAAAAAGGACCACAUCCGGUUUUUCUACUACUUGUACCGCGAUAUCGCCGUUAGAGUGCACUACGACCCUAUCGACCUCUACGAGAUCAUUGUGCCAAGGCCAAGGAUUACCUGGAAAGUCGACAUUGACCUGAAGCUCAAGAAUGACAUCUUCACCAAGAUUGAGGACCGCUGGAACCGUUUCAUAAAUUCGGUCAGGGCCAGGCUUAAGAGCAUCCGGAUCGAUAGCGUGCUCCCAGAAAAAGCCGAGGCCUGCAGGGCUGAACUCGAGCGACUCACCAAAAAGGCGCAGGAAGACCAACCGGAGCUCAUCCGUAUCCUUCAAGAGGCAUACAUGAAUUCAAAGUACUAUGAGGUCAUUCCGCUCAACGCCGUUAUCCGCGAAAUGCUUCAGAAAGUGACGGACUGGGACGCUGCUUUUGCAGCGUUCGAAGCCGAGUUCCUCUCCGACAAGGAUGUCCGUCAGCUAACCAUCAUGCAAUUGAAGAAAAUGUUCUCAGAUCACGGGUCAAAGGAGUCGCUGCCGGGCACCGAUGGGACCGCAUCCGUCGCAUCGGAGGCGGAAGAGAAGUCCACACCGGCGACUACCCCGCUGGGGCUCUCCGAAGGCGGCGAGAAGCCCUCUCAGUCAUCAGAGUCGUCCGAUUUCAGCCAGCCACAGGUGACAAGUCUUGCCCCCGUGGUGGAGCCUGACCCGGUACUCAGGGAGGCUGAAGUAAGCCCGCCCAAGGAAACUACGGAGAGGGUAGAGCCGCUCGAAAUAGCGAACCUAAGCUCGCCGAGCAUGGCGAAGAGCGUUCUACCUGCUUCAGAUUCCGGGUUGGAAGAGGUCAAACCGCGAACAGAGCAGCCGUCGUUGGUACAGCCAGCAAGUGCCUCUGAUCCUACUGCAGCCCCAUCGCUCGCCGGACAAGCUAGCGCAAUACCGUCUCCCACUGCGACCCGACCAUCAUUAACAGAAAAAGUGGAGCAAUUGCGUCGUGAACAGCGGGUUUCAUCUAGCGAUAUUGCCGGCUCGGCUUCUGGCGGCGAGAGUGUCAACGAUACCCCAAGACCUACCCCAGACCGUGCCUUUCCCCGUCGGGCUGGGACGGCUGUAUCGCCACCCCUGGUUCGUACCGUGUCUCAGCCAGGGCUAUUGCCACGGCAAUCAGCCAUUGGCAAGUUGCUCAAGGAACAAAAGACUCAAGACUCGGCAGCAGGUGAAACGCAAAAACCAACUGGCGAAAAGAAGUUUUCGGACCGCAUCGGCCUGGGGGCCCUGAAGAGUCAUCGUAAGGCAGGACCUUCUGGCAUUCCACGCUACGUCCACAAGAGGGAAUCCAAAGUCUCGACGCUCGCACGUCACUUUGAGCAGCUAAGCCGCGAAUUCGAAAAGGAAAGGAUGAAGGACCGCAAGCAGCGUGCUGCCAAGAUGCACCACACUCGAGCCUUCCUGCCGCGCUCUUCCACCAAGACCAUAGUAGAAGUGUACAAGGACGUGAAUCAGGCUGUCGAGGAAGCGGGACAGCGGGAUGAGGAACAUUCUCUUGAUAGAGAUGCAGCAGGCAGGCAUCCCGGCGACAUGCCCAACGCACCAGACGCCUCAGCCGAAGAGGGGCUGGUCAAACAGGCGGAGACAGAAGCCCGCUCACCACGGGAACCUCCCUCACAAACAUCGCAGUUCGAAGAGGCGAUCGCCGAGACGGAGACGGAAGAAACCCGGCUUGAAAGCCGUGCCGGGUCGGAAGAUGAAGGUGCCGGAAGCGAUGCUGACAAUUCUGCGCUCACUCUCGAUGACAUUUUGCCCGAUGUCAAGGAGAUUGCCGCAUCCCUGGAGCCAAGCGAGGAGAUUCCGGAAGAGCUUCCGAAACACCAGAAGAAGAGCCUCAUGGCAAUGCUGACCAACUUCUGGGCCGAGCGGUCUGCUAGUGGAUGGCCUCAGCUCGAGUAUCCCAUCAACGUAACGGAUCACAUCCUCCUUGACUCGGAUGUGAUUAUCAGGGAGGACGAGCCUAGCUCGCUCGUAGCGUUCGCAUUGAGCUCGGAGGAUUACAAGUCCAAAUUGGCCGACAUCCGCCAAAAGUGGAAAAUAUCAAACCAACGAGACGCAGAGGCCAGCAGCGACGGUGGCCUAGAAAUGAAGGAUUCGCAGGGAUGGGACGCGGCGACGGCGGGCUUUGAUGAAGAGGAGCUUGAAAAGAGCCUGCUCCGAUCGACCGGGACGCAUGUGAAGUACCAGUUCACCGAUGGCUCGGCGCGGAUGAUGUGCAAAAUCUUCUUUGCCGAGCAGUUCGAUGCGCUUCGGCGCAAGGUUGGAGUGGCGGACCGCUUCGUUGAGUCUCUGUCCCGCUGUCUAAAGUGGGAUUCCAAGGGAGGCAAGACAAAGUCGGUCUUCCUCAAGACAUUGGAUGACCGGUUCGUGCUGAAGUCAUUAUCGCUGAGCGAGACGACUUCUUUCCUUAACUUUGCACCCGACUAUUUUAGCAUAAUGGCCGAGGCGCUCUUCCACGACCUACCGUCGGUGAUCGCCAAGAUGCUCGGCUUCUUCCGCAUCAUCAUCAAGAACCCGAUCACCAACACGGAGAUUAAGUUGGACCUCCUGGUCAUGGAAAAUCUGUUUUACGACCGGUCACCGAGCCGCACGUUUGAUCUCAAGGGCUCGAUGCGCAACCGCAAGAUCCAAUCGACGGGUGAGCAGGACGAGGUGCUCCUGGACGAGAACAUGGUCGAGUACAUUUACGAAUCGCCGCUGUUUGCGCGGGAACACUCGAAGCGGCUGCUGCGGGCGUCCGUGUUCAACGACACGCUGUUUCUGGCGCGGAAGGAAGUCAUGGACUACUCGCUGAUGGUGGCUGUCGACGAGGUCAAGAAGGAGCUCGUCGUGGGCAUCAUUGACUGCAUACGGACGUACACGUGGGAUAAACAGCUCGAGAGCUGGAUCAAGAACCGUGGCUUUGCCGGGGGUGGCAGAAACAGACCGACCGUGACUAGUCCAAAGGAGUACAAGAGCCGGUUCAGGGAGGCAAUGGCGAGGUACAUUCUCCAAGCCCCCAACUGCUGGCACGUUUUUGGGAACAGGCUCCCUCCGAACACGCCUGCAACGCCAAAGCCUAGGUUCGAAGGCGAAUCAUGAUGGAUGGCAGUGAACCUGUGCAUAGUUACGGGAAGGGUGAAAGGGAUAUACAUUUCUUGGUGGGUUUGCAUGGCGGGGCGGUAAGUUUCUUGGGGUUAUAUGAGUUCAAUUGCACCAAUGGAGCUUGGAGUUGAGGUGUAUGGGAUAUACAUAUAAAUGACUUCGGGGCAUCGUGCGAAGAAUUUAUCUGGUGCAUAACUACU